AUGACCCAUGUAGCCAAGCAUCCAACGACAAGAAGAAACUGGUUGGUUCACUCCACUCUAUCCGUUGUGGCUCUGGGGAAUCCAGCUCCUGGACACGGCAGCAUCACUAUUGUAGCAGACCAACCACUCACGACGACGACAAGCAUUCCCCCCGAAUGCCAAAAUGGAGCACUUGUUGCCGAAUCGGCCAUUCCCGGUGCCUACGAUCAAAUCUGCAUGAACCUUCCUGUCCGGACCAUUCCCAUUUCCUCUCAAGUCAAAUUACAAAUUCAACAAGAGGGUGUCGGACCCGGCAAAACCGGAUUGGCCGUUUGGAAUUCCGCACUACUAUUGGCACGGCUCUUGACCCAAAUUACAAAGGUCAAUCCAACAUGGCUCCAUCAACAACGCGUCGCCGAACUGGGAUGUGGUGCCGGAUUGGUCAGUCUUUUAUUGGCGCAACAGGCGGGCGCUCGAUCCGUGUGGGCGACCGAUGGGAAUCCCGAUGCCGUGGCAUUGACUCGUACCAAUUUUGAACGCAAUGGAAUAGCCUACAGAACAACAACAACAACUAGCGACAAUCAAAAUGUCGUGACACAACUCAAAUGGGGAGAAUUGGAAGUUCCCGUGGAAUGGAUGGGACAAGUGGAUGUCCUGGUAGGAUCCGAUUUGACAUACAAUAGUGGAUCCUGGAGACUCCUCGCGGAAACCAUGGAAUCCCUGUUGGCACCCAAUGGCAUUUGCAUUUAUCUCAGUUUGGGACAUGCCGGAUUCAAUGUCGCAGGAGAAGUCGAUGGAUUUGUCAAUGUGGCACAGCAAGUGGGACUCUUUUCCAAGUCAAAAUUGCCACUACCCGGAUCAUCGUUGGAUGCCUUGUUGGCAAGUGUCAUUCGCAAGGAUUCCUCGGAACCAUCCAUCAUGAUGGCCACGGGAGGAGCACAAGUGGUGGUGUUGGGGAGGAAAAACAGAAUAUAG